AUGAUUGAAAUAGAACAAAGUUCAAAAAGAGGAUUCGCAUACGGAAAAGAGUCUUUUGAACUGUUAAAGAGUGUGAAGAGACUAAAAUUCCAAAAUGAAAAGUACGAAAGAACAGGAUCAGCUGAUAUAUGGUCAUUUGACGUUGAGGAGUACGAGAGAAUAGAGAGUUCAAUAGAUUUAUUGAAAAUCAGCAAUUUAAAGUGCAGACACGACGUAAAUUUCACAUUUACAACCGUUCAUAGAUUGCCACAAGAGGGGUGGGAGGAGCUGAUUGAUUGCUGGUCUUGCCACAACAGUGAAUUUAAAGGAAUGCUUGAUCUCAAAAUAAAGCCUAGAAAGAACGGAAUUUUGGUUUCAAACUUCUAUUUGAUUGCGGGUGAAAAGGUACUUCCUGAAUGUUGCAAAGCAAGAACCAAAAUGUUUUACAACGAACUCACCUGUGAGUUUUCAGUAGAACAGCUAAUUUUCAAGUUCUUUGAAGAGUAUUUUGAAAUGAAAAACUCGAUCAUUCUCAAAGUAGACGGAAAAAGCUAUGAAAUAAAGCUAUUCUACCGUUGUAUUUUGAUUGAGAAAAAUGAUUCUUUUGUGUUCAAUGAGCACGAUGCGUUUAAGGUUGGAUAUAAAGAAACAGCAAAGAACAAUGACGAGGACUCAUAUAUUGGCGACUAUUUUAAGAUCAAGAUUAUCGAUCAGUUAGGUAGGAACUCCGUGAAACUGUCUGUCUUGGGGUAUGCACUGUCUUUUAUUACACAAUAA